AUCUGCUUCUCUCGUUCCCACGAACAAACAGCUCUCUCCUGACCGGACGGCGCCCACCUUCUUCCUUGCCGACCGUGGAUCAUAAGAGCCUCACCCUCCAACUCCCUCAAGAGUCUCAUUCCCAGUCAGAAGAGUACUUGUAGGAAAAGGCCAUAUGGAAGUCUGUCUCCCGACACGACCUCUCCCCCUCUGCAUCCCGCCACAGCAACCCUCGUUACCUUCACCUUGUCGCUCCCCUUCUGCCAUAGCAACCCAUCUUCCAUCCACAUAUACCAAAGAUAUUAACUACAAAAUGUCACAGUCCCCUUCUUCACCUCUGAGUCGGUCCUCGUCCUUUGCCCCCGGGCCGCACCGCCGCUCCCAUCCAAACCUCCAACACUUAUCCCUGGCGCCCUUGACACCCAAAUACCCAAUCGACCCGGCCGACUACGCCGCCUACUUCAACCCAGCGACCUCAGAGCUACACACCUCCGCAUCCAUCUCCCACAUCGCGAGCUUACCGUCCCCCGGCGGGAUUCUGUCGAGGAGCGGCUCCGCAGCGCAGUCACGGGCGCAGUCGCGCGCCAGCUCCCGGACGCGACUGAACCAGAAAAAGAAGAAUCGCUCCUUUGUGGCGGUCCAAGCCCCUUUGCCUCUCACGGAUGGCACCACAGGCCUCGCUCCGCCUUCUGGGGCGCUGACGAGCGAAGGGCUCGGCCACAAAUCCAUCUCCCGUCUCUCCACCUUGACAAACCUCUCACCACAACAGACGCAUAACCCCUCAGAAUACUCAGGCGGCGGGUCCUUGCACAAGUCGGACUCGUCGUGGUUCAUCCAGACGGGUCUUACCUUGACCGAAGGGUCAAGAGAAUCAAAGGGUCAAUCAUGGAUAUUCAAGCGCGACUCUUCUACGUCCUUGGCUACACCGAUCGAUGAACGACCGUCAAUGGCUUUAAGAUCCGGACGCGCGACACCAAGCGGCAAUCUCAGCCGACGAGGCAGUUUCCAGAGACGUAGUAAGAAAUCCCUGGCAAUGACGCCCGUCCCGGCCACGACGCCCAUGAUAGAGAUGGACACGGGCCCAGACUGGGCGGACGAGCAGACACAAGCCGAGAUCGCGGCACAGAUGGACGCCGAUUUUGCAGAUGAAUUGGACGACGGCGAUCCAUAUGGCAUGCUGGAUUUCGAGGCCCAGUUCGACAGCGAUGACGAGGAGGAACUACGAAAAUCGAUCAGCGGGUACAGACUAGGCAGAUGGAUGGACGGGCUUGUGGAUGUCUUCUUGCGGUUGGAAGAUGACUUUUCCCCUUCCCAAGUCGACCUGGAGGCUGCAAAGACGACCAUUCAUUCCGACCCUGCCACAUCUACGGCUCCGCCAGCGAAAGAUGCCGGCCACCCUGGGCCUAGUGUGCGGUUUGACGAGUCAGUGGAACCGCCCCCGGAAAGGCCCAAGGGUGUCUGGGACGACGUCGCCUGGUUUGGCCGCAUGCUGGCGAGGACGGUGCGAUCAUAGCUGACUGAAUGAAUAUGAAAUGCAUUUGUCUCUUGAUUCAAGAUACGGAUUCCCCCUGUUCCCCCUUUGCCUUGUCGCCACUUCAUCAAG